UCUCUCAACUCUUUGUUUUUUGGGGCACUAGAAGUGUGUUUUUCAAUCUAGGUAUUUAAAAUGACUAAACAGAAUGUGGUGGUUUCCGAUCCUAAUUCCGGUAUCAACACCGCCACAUUCACGGCGGCGGUACAUAAGCCGCCACCGGCGCCGGGAAGUUGCAUCAACAUUUCAAGAAAGACACUUGUUGACAUAAAUAGUGGUCCAAGAAUCAAUUCUUGGGUUGAUUCAAUGAGAGCUUCAUCUCCAACUCAUCACAAGUGCACUUCUCUCUCUGAAGACAAUACUUCUUGGAUGGUGCACCAUCCAUCAGCACUGGACAUGUUUGAGCAGAUAAUCAGUGCUUCUAAAGGAAAGAAAAUGGUGAUGUUUUUAGACUAUGAUGGCACCCUUUCCCCCAUUGUUGAUGACCCUGAUCAAGCUUUCAUGUCUGAUGCUAUGAGAGGAACAGUGAGAAAGCUUGCUAGAUAUUUCCCAACUGCUAUAGUUAGUGGGAGGUGCAGAGACAAGGUAUAUAGUUUUGUACAAUUGGCAGAGUUGUACUAUGCUGGAAGCCAUGGCAUGGAUAUAGAAGGUCCUUCAAAAGGUUCCAAAUACAAGAAAGGAGCUCAAGCUGUUCUUUUCCAACCAGCAAAUGAAUAUCUCCCAAUGAUUGAUGAGGUUUACAAAAAAUUGUUGGAUAAAACAAAGUCUAUUGAAGGUGUUAGAGUGGAGAAUAACAAGUUUUGUGUCUCUGUACAUUUCCGCUGUGUUGAUGAAAAGAAAUGGGGUGAACUAGCACAACAUGUAAGAUCAGUGCUAAAAGAAUAUCCAAAGCUUCGAUUAAGCCCAGGGAGAAAAGUAUUAGAGAUUCGUCCAACUAUUAAAUGGGACAAAGGAAAAGCUCUUGAAUUUUUGCUUGAAUCCCUUGGGUACGCUAAUUGUACUGAUGUCUUUCCUGUAUAUAUUGGAGAUGAUCGAACUGAUGAAGAUGCUUUCAAGGUAUUAAGAGAAAGAGGGCAAGGUUUUGGCAUUCUAGUCUCCAAAACUCCAAAAGACACAUACGCAUCCUAUUCUUUACAAGAACCAUCCGAGGUUAUGAUUUUUCUACGACGGUUAGUAGAGUGGAAAAGGUUGUCUUUAAGAAGACAGUUUAAGAUUCAAAAACAACUUGAAGAGAUAAAAGCAUCUCUAAAGAACUGAGAAUUGUCCAAUUAAUUAGUAGUGCACAUAAUAUGCUUUUUUUUUUUUUUUGUUUAUAAUAAAUAACUAAAAAGGUUAGAAGAACAAAAAUAGAUGGGAUAGAAAAGAGGUGUAUCUUUUCUCAUUAGCUUUAAGGCCUUGUACAUCUUUGUAAGUAGCUUUUGUAUCUGGGCUAAAUGCAUAAAAUGGAAAUCCGCCAUAAUUUCAUAUUUUGGUUCUGA